GCAAGUCUUACAUUUAAAUCAUUUCUGUAGAGAAGUUUGUUUGCACUUCUCUUGUGAACUUCUGAAGCAGGGAUGAAACAUAUUAGGUUCUAAAUUGAUUGGAACUUGUAUUUCUUUUCUUUGAUUGCUUUUUUUAUUUUUUAUAAUCCAAUAAAAGUCAAGGAAUUCUUUGUAUUGUAGCUUUACAAGAUACUGAAAGAGCACAAGAAUCCCAAGGUUGUUAGCGAGGGGCUACUGUGGAUGGUUUCAGCAGUGGAAGAUUUUGGCAUCUCACAUUUGAAACUUAAGGUUUGGAGUUAUAUUUGGGCCCUUUUUUUUUUUUUGCUUUGUCUAAUUGUUAGUUAAUAAUUACCAUAUUCAGCUAUUAAAGGAAUUGAUAUAUUUUGUUUUACAGGAUUUAAUUGAUUUUUGUAAAGAUACUGGACUACAGUCAAGUGCAGCAGCUACUAGAAAUUUUUCUGUCAAGCUUUUGGGUGUUUUGCAUAAAUUUGUCGGCCCAGGUUGAUACUCAUUUUAUUUGAAUUGUCCACACACCUCAAUUUCCUUUUAAAUAUUUAGUUGAACUGCUCCCAAACAUUGAUUUUUUUUUUUAUAAUUAAUUUGUAACACCCUCCCACCCCUUUUCUUUUGUAGAUAUUAAAGGGUUUCUUUCUGAUGUUAAACAUGCACUUCUUAGUGCACUGGAUACGGAGUAUGAGAAGAAUCCAUUUGAGGUGCUCCAACUUAAUCAUUCAAGAUGCAUGUAUUGUUCAUUUUUGUUUAUUUGUUACUGAUGUAUUCCUAUAUCUUAUCUAGGGUGCAGCAGCAGCUCCAAAGAGAACUUUUAAAUCAGCAGAACCUACAUCUGCAUCUUCUGGUGGACUAGAUGGCCUGCCAUGGGAAGAUAUUAGUGGGAAGAUUACACCUACCCUGCUUAAAGGCUUAGAAAGUACUGAUUGGAAGGCUCGCUUGGAGUCAAUUGAAGCUGUGAAUAAAGAUUUGGAAGAGGCUAACAAGCGCGUCCAACCCAAUGGAACUGCUGAAUUGUUUGGUGCUCUAAGGGGUCGUCUAGGUGACAGCAACCAAAAUUUAGUCAUGGCAACAUUGACAUGCAUUGGCAAUGUUGCAUGUGCAAUGGGUCCAGCUGUUGAGAAAGCAAGCAAGGUUGAUUUCUAAUUCAUGAUCGCUAAUUUUAUGUAGUGUACUCUUUAAAUUUGAAUGUGAGUGUAUGGAUUUCUUUCAGGGCAUUUUAGCAGAUGUUUUGAAAUGUUUGGGUGACAAUAAAAAGCAUAUGAGGGAAUGCACAUUGAAUACUUUAGAUUCUUGGCUCUCUGCUGUUCAUCUUGAUAAAAUGGUUCCUUACAUUGCAGCAGCUUGGACAGAUGCAAAACUUGGUGUGGAAGGGUGCAAAGAUCUUUUUGAGUGGUUGUCAAAACAACUAUCUGGGUUAACUGAAUUUCCUGAUGCUGUACAGCUACUAAAGCCAGCUUCCUCUGCUCUGACGGAUAAAUCAUCAGAUGUUCUAUUUGAGAGCCUUAAAUACUUAGUUUUUUAG